AUGAGCAUAUCAUUGUUUGAUAUAGUCCUUUGCGCACUUGUACGAAUGGUUGUGCUCAUUCUGUGUUAUGCUGUUUUUGUAGUCCGACAUUGGUUGCCAGUAGCAAUCACGACGUCCCUCUCCACCGUGUACAUAGUAAUUAAGGUUCUUUUCUUUUUCUCACAUAAACAAGGAGGCCUUCCGCAAUAUCUAUUAGUGCUAGCUUCUUUUUCUAUAGCGUGGUUUGAGUUAUGGCUGAUGCCUUUCAAGGUUUUGCCAGGCGAGCGCCGAUAUGAUGAGGCGUUUCACGGCUUGAGCAAUCGGCCGCUUCGAGUGCGUGGUGGUCAAAUCCCUAUAGAGACAAGGGAGAAGUAUGAGAAGGCUUUGAAUGAUGCGUCGGAGAAGGUUGAAUAUUCUUUACGUCAAGCACGAAUGGGAGAAUGGAAGGUACUGAAGGUUAAGGAACCAAUGGUACUGCAAGCGCCCGACUUGUCGUACUUCAUUCGAUCGGACUUCUCCUGCUCACCGCAAGUGUUGUUCGACGCCGCUUGGAGAGAUGUACUUAGGUGGAAUACACAACUUGUUGAAGCAAGGAUAAUUGCCACUAUUGAUCGUGACUUCGUUGAUAUACGUCGAGUACACUUCGAUUCGGUCAUACAAACGUAUACUGGCAUAUUCGUUUCCGUCGAGUCUCAAGCUUGUCCAGUACAUGCGAACAAGAAAAUCGUCAGGGGAUCGAAUGGACCAAGCUGUAUACGCGCAAUUGGCGAUGCCACGUCCGGAAGAUCUUACUUGGAAUGGAUAAUGCGUACUGAUCUAAAGGGCGGUCUUCCAAAGCGUUUGGUGCAGUCAACCAUGCUCACAUACUUUAUUGAUCAUGUUAAUCGUUUACGCGAAUAUAUCGACAGGCAGUCGGUAAUCCCUGAAGUGCAGUCUGCUCCAUCUACUUCGGAUAGAGCCUUGUCGUUUGAUUCCGGAAAGGAAAUCGUGCAGUGCCAGCUCUGCAAGCGUUGGAUGCAACCCGCGUCUUUGAUGAAACACAGCACGUUUCGCCAAAUUCAGGAAUAUGUCUACGAUGAUGGUACCGUAUUUGUGAAGUUCUGUGUGCGUCAUAUCAGUCAUGAUGUUAGCGCUGCUUCACUGCCUCUCACAAAGAAGGACAGGGAUAUAAUUGCUAGCUAUCUGAAGUUGAACGUCGACGAGGACAGCGUAAGGGACCUCAUACGCGAAGAUUACAAUGACCCGAGCACUAGGCUUUAUUGGAUUCGACCUGCGGACAUCAGAAGGGCUAUGUCAAGUCUGGCAUGGCAGAAACGCAAACAACGAGAAGCAGGCUCAACUACUUCAGAAAAGAGUGCCGCUGAUGAUGCUGCUGAAAGAUCUUCGUCGCCCUGCAGUAUAUAUGACGACCCGUUUAUUCCAUCUGUAGGAGAUUCGGAGGAGCCUUCAAGUUCUACUGCCUGUACUGCAGAUAAACCAUCUCCGUCAUGCAAUGUUUAUGAUGAUCCGUUUAUGCACCCCGUGCUGCGUGUAAGACUUGGGCGAUGGUCCCAGAUAUCUCAUGAUGAGACGCGAUACUCUUUUAUUCGUCCUGUUAGUGCUCACUCGAGGACCGCACGAUCGUUCUGCUGCCGAUUCGGCAGAGGCCACGAGCUCCCAUAUCUGGAGGAACUGCUGACAAGCUGGCUCACCAUACGUGAUAUUCCGUGA